AUGAGACAAAAGGGUCACAGACACGGAGGAGCAGUGUCUCCUUGUGCCGGAUGUAAGCUUCUGCGUAGAAAAUGUGUGAAAGAUUGCGUUUUUGCUCCAUAUUUUCCGGCUAAGGAGCCUUACAAGUUUGCCAUUGUCCACAAGAUCUUUGGUGCUAGUAAUGUCACUAAGAUGUUGCAGGUGCUGUCGGAGAACCACCGGAGUGACGCUGUAAACUCGUUGGUGUACGAGGCCAACGCGAGGGUACAAGAUCCUGUGUACGGGUGUGUAGGAACAAUUUCAUCAUUACACAAACAACUCGAGACUCUCCAAACUCAGCUGGCUUUUGCUCAGGCCGAGUUGGUCCAUAUGAAGACGCUCCACCGUAUUGAGACUAAACCGCUGCCGAUUGGCUUUACAUUUCCGAUGAACAAUGACUUCUCCAGUGACGUUGACAUGGCUUUUAUGUACGAUGGUGCCGGCGAGUCCCUCUGGUCGUGCUAGCUUCUGACUGGUCUAUCAAUCCAGUGGUUAAAAUUAAAAGUCUAAUUACCAGAUAUAGGCUUAUAUUAUAUGGACGUGAUAGGUAUGUAUUUAAACUAAAUCAAAUUAUCUGCAUGGAGUAGCAAAUAAAGCAUUAAGA